AUGUGGUUAUUACAAAGACAUGUUUCAACGAGUUCAGAUCAAUGCCGUGAAUUUCUUCGUUACUUCGAAUAUCAAUGGCUUGUAUCUGUUCCAAUACAAUAUUGGCAUGUGGAAAAUUUGAAUCCCAGAAGCAACAACUGGAUAGAAGGAUAUAAUAAUCGUAUUGAAGCACGUUUUGGUAAUCAUCCUAAUAUAUGGCUCUUUCUGUAUCAUUUAUUAAUCGAAGAACAAAUAAUUAAACAACGCGUACAGCAACUCGUCGUUGGUAAAAUUCAAAAGAGUGGCAGUACACGUGCACCAGAAAAUGAUACAAUAAGUCAUUCAAUAACAAAACUGAAUAAAAAAUAUAUUAAUGGCAAUUUAGAUAUUGAAAAAUAUUUGAAAGCGUGUAUAUAUUUAGUUGGUAACGCUGAUGCCAAUAAAAUAACAUCAACAGCAGCUACAAUAUGCCCAACAACAACGCCGCUAAAGAAGAAACCUGCAUCUAAAAUAUCAACAACAAAGACUCUCUCUUUAAACUAA